UAAGCAAGCAAGUAGCCAGCCCAAGUAUAGUAGUGUACUAACCGCGUGUGCUACAGUAAUCCAUGUUGCGGUCAGGUCCCCAUGAUUAAAAUUGAUUAAGCCGUCGUCUCCCUCGUCUCCGCCCACUGCUCCACCACACACACAUCCCUCCCCCCCCCCCCCUCCUCCGCCUACGCCCAUGCCGCCCAUGCUCCACGCCAUCCUCCUCCUCGCCGUCGCCGUCGCCGCCACCUCGGCGUCCGCGGCGACGGCGCCUGCGGCCGCGCGAAACAGCACCUCCAACUGCACCGUGCCGCUCCCUGACGCCGGCAUCGUCACCGCCGCGUUCAAGAACGUCGCCAACUUCCCCCUGCCGCGGCGGCCGUCGUGCCGGCCCGUGCGGAGGCUCGCGUACUCGUCGCGGAACCUCGCCGGCGUCGUCGGGUGGGCGGCGCUGGGGAACCUGUCCGGGCUGCUCACCGUCGACCUCUCCGGGAACUCCCUCGAGGGCGACGACGGCUUCGGCGGCGGCGCGCUCUGGCGCGCGCCGCUGCUCCGGGCCGUCGACGUGUCGCGCAACCGGCUCGGCGGCGCGCUGCGGCUCGGGGCGAGCGCGCGGAUGGCGUCGCUCAACGCGUCCCGCAACGGGUUCACCUCCGUCGUCGGCGUCGACGGGCUCGCCGCCGGCCUGGUGGUUCUCGACGUGUCCGGGAACAGGAUCGCCGCCGUGCCGGAGGGGUUGCGGCGGCUGACGCGGGUUCGGCGGCUCGACAUGUCGCAGAACUCGAUGGCCGGGAAGUUCCCCGACGACCUACCACCGCUCGACGGCGUAGAGUUCUUGGACAUAUCGGAUAACAACUUCUCCGGCGUCGUGAACUCCACCUGGGUCACCAAGUUCGGCCGCUCCGCCUUCCUCAGAGCCGGCAAUGCGACGUCACUAGUGAUCGAGGACAACCCGCCGGCGUCGGCUCCGGCUCCGGCGCCGGCGACGAUGACGCCGUCCAGUGGCGGGAAGAAGCACAAGCGUGUCGUUCUCAUCGUCGUCGUCGUGGUCUGCGGCGUGGUGGCCGUGUCCGCCGCGGUGGCGUUCAUGGCACUGGCAGGGUGCGUGGCGUGUGGCUUCAGCCGCCGGAGGAAGAGAGGGAAGAAGGCGGCGGCGGCGUGGGAGGACGACGAGGUCGCCGUGGGCGCGGUGAAGGUGGCGGCCACCGCGCCGGUGGUGCUGGUCGAGCGGCCGCUGAUGGAGCUGACGCUGGCCGACCUCGCCGCGGCGACGUCGGGGUUCGGGCGCGAGUCGCAGCUCGCCGACGUCGGCGGCCGCAGCGGCGCCGCGUACCGCGCCGUGCUCCCGGGGGACCUGCACGUCGUCGUGCGCGUCGUCGAUGGCGCGGUGGCCGGGGUCGGCGGCGACGACGGCGACGUCGCGGCGGCGGCUGCCGGGCUCCGGGAACUUGCAAGGCUCAGGCACCCAAACAUUCUUCCGCUCCUUGGCUAUUGCAUUGCAGGAAAGGAGAAACUCCUCCUAUACGAGUACAUAGAGAAGGGCAACCUCUACCGGUGGCUCCACGAGCUACCGGCAAGUAGUAUGGACAUGGAAGAAACCGGUGCUGAUAUGUGGGACACCACGGAGCAGGACAAGAAAUCCAUAGAUGAUUGGCCUACCCGGUACCACAUCAUACUAGGAAUCGCACGAGGGCUCGCGUUCUUGCACCAGGGAUGGGCAGGAUCAUCGGGACGUCCAAUUGUGCACGGCAAUCUGGUCCCAACCAACAUCCUCCUCGACGAUGACCUAGAGCCUAGGAUAUCGGACUACAUACACCCCGUGGAUAGUAACAAUGGAGAGCUGACCCCAGAGAGUGACGUGUACAGCUUUGGCGUGCUGGUGUUCGAGCUUGUGACAGGACAGGUGAGAUGGGAUGAUUCGACGGUGAGCUGGGCCCGAGGUGUGAUCCGGAACCGAAAGAGCCUCAACAUCGUCGACGCGAGGCUAAGAGAGGAAGAGGAGGAGGGCGGCACCAGUGGAGCAGCAAAGACAACGAUGACGGUGGCGGAGCGGGAGAUGGUGGAGUGCCUGCAGGUGGGGUUCCUCUGCACGGCGCACUCGCCGGAGAAGAGGCCUUCGAUGCAGCAGGUAGUGGGGGUGCUCAAGGACAUCAGGCCGGCGCCUCCUCCUCCCGCUGGAGGCGCCGGCGAGACGCCAUGAUGGAGACGACGAUGACGGUGCACGCGAGAGAACACGCACAGUUUCUCCAUCGUGGAUAGCUGCAUCAUAUCCAAUCCAAUCGAUGUAUCAAAAUCCAGGAGGGGAUUCGAUCGGAGCCAGCCGGGAGAGGUGAGGUGAUCUUUUGGUCAGUAAAAUAAAUAAUGCUUUCGUUGGGUGGAGGAGUAAUUUCUUGUCUUGUGCUUCGUUGCUGCUGGACUACUGGUAGUAGGAGAUCGAUCGCUUUAUUGGUUGGUACAACAACUUUUGCGUAGUGAUAGGAGUAGCCAGUAGCUAGAGUGUUGUUGUGGUGUACUUUGAUCAUGAGAGGGUUUCGUUUUGAUUGCACAAAGCCUGCCAUUUUGGCAUCAACGAGAAAUGGAGACAAGUUGGAAGUACAGCAUGCAGCAUCAUUGUAGCCAACACGAGGAAGAAAUCGAUCAUGAUUAGUAUCAGUGUGGUUUUU